GAUGCAAUCUAAUCGGGGGUCACUAUAACAUACUACAGUUCGAGUCUAUACUCAUCGCACAAGUACUACUCUCGUCGGGCCAUGCCAGCUCCUCAUCUUCAAAGCUACAAAAAUCGUGCAGCGAAGCACUCUAAUCCCGCUGCUCGAGCUCUCCUUCGGUGUAUGGAAGCAAAAAAGUCCAACCUCGCUGUAAGCGUCGACGUCACUACGACGAAGGACUUUUUCGAUAUCAUCGAAGCUGUCGCACCAUACGUCUGUCUCAUAAAGACACAUGUUGACAUCCUUGAGGAUUGGAAUCCUGGCGUAACAACCAGAUUGCAACACCUUAGCAGGGAACAUAAUUUCCUUAUCUUUGAAGACAGGAAGUUCGCUGAUAUCGGUAACACCGUUGCCCUGCAAUACUCCAGUGGUCUCUACAAAAUAUCUAGCUGGGCACACAUUGUCAACGCCCAUCCUGUGCCGGGGCCCUCAAUUAUAACGGGUCUCGCGUCAGUGGGCAUGAAAUUGCAGGAGGAAAGAGGACUGCUUCUCCUUGCUGAAAUGAGCACGAAAGGUGCGCUUACAACAGGAAGCUACACAGUCGAAGCAGUCUGCAUGGCCCGGGAACACCGAGACUUUGUCAUAGGUUUCAUCGCGCAACAUCGCAUGGAGAGUAUAGGUUUGUCUGGGACUGAUGACGUCGUUGACGAGGAUUUCUUGAUCCUUGCCCCCGGUGUUGGAUUAGAUUCCAAGGGCGAUGCCAUGGGACAGCAGUAUCGCACACCGACUGAAGUAGUGACUCAGUGUGGAUGUGACGUGAUAGUCGUCGGUCGGGGUAUCAUUGGAACCGGCCGUGAUAUCGAUGCUGAAAAAGUGAAGGAGCAAGCGCGGAGGUACCAAACUGCUGGCUGGGAAGCGUAUGAGAAACGUAUUGUAACGAAUCAAUUACUUGGCGAGUAGGACAGAUAUUAGAAUGACAAUUAGAACAAAAUCA